AUGUUCCGCCGAGGCUCCUACGCGCAGGUAGCUUCAGGGAGUGCAGGAAGCAGCCAGUCUAAUCCGGUCUCUGCGCGCUCAGGACAGUUCUCGCACUUGGCCAACAGUGGCUCGAUACCGCUAGGAACGUCAUCCUUCACUCACUCCCGCCACGCACGCUCUAUAGACGCUGACGGUCACCACGGAAGCAUGUCCAACUCGCUGAGUCGAAGUGGGCCAGUUCCAUCAUACUCAAGUCAAAUGGGCUACAUGAGUGGAUAUGGCGGCUUGCAAGAUGCCGGAGCGCCUGCAUUUUUUGUACCCUCGUAUCUCCGGGGCUCGAGACAUGCUGAGAAGUUGGAGGAGGCGCACAAGGCGAGGAUAGCCGUAUACCGAGAACAACGCUCGACACACUCUUCGAACACCGGAUCAUUAUCGACAAGCUCGAGCAGCGUCAAUCUGCACAAACCAGGUCAUUCCUACCGCGGGCUCGCCCACGAAAUCAUCGAGCGGACACCAGCAUUUAUAGAGGAGCCCGUCGCCCCAUGGCCGACUAGAUGGGACGAAAAAGACAAAUUCGCGCAGAUGGAGGUGGAAGAGGACGGGAGGCUUGCCAGGUUUGCUGGUGCAUCGAAGUCAGGACACGAUGAGGCAGCAGCAGUUCGAGCAGAUUUCCCCAUGCCGCGGCAAUGUGGAAUAUAUUACUACGAGGUUACCGUGGUUUCCAAAGGCAAAGACGGAAUUAUCGGUGUCGGAUUCUCUGAAGCAAAAGUACCUCUGAACAGGAUACCUGGAUGGGAGCCUGGUUCGUUUGCAUACCACGGCGAUGACGGGCUAUUCUUUACUAGUACGACCUCUGGGAAGCCGUACGGUCCGAAGUAUGGCACCCUGGAUGUGAUAGGAUGUGGGAUCAACUUUCGCACCAACACAGCCUUCUUUACGAAGAAUGGGCAGUAUCUAGGUCCCGCAUUCAAGGAUCUGAAAACGAAUGUCCAGUACUACCCAAGUAUUGGCAUGAAGAAGCCCAACGAGGCCAUCCGUGCAAACUUUGGACAGGAACCAUUCGCUUUUGACAUCGACAGCAUAGUACAGCAAGAGAAGGCAACGAUUCAGCAAGACAUAGCAUUGUCAAAAGGCCAGCCCAGGGAGCAUGGCUCGACAGACGAGACGCAGUUUAUACAAAGCUUGAUCGGGCAAUAUCUAGCUCAUGAUGGUUAUGUAGAAACCGCAAGAGCUUUUGCGGGAGAAGUAAUCGGCGAGGCGCAAGCGCUGGCUGCCGAUGGACGGGCCAAUGUUCCAUACCUCCAAACGGAGGAAGAUAUUGACGCGAUUAACAGGCAACGAAUACGCGCCGCCAUUCUCGACGGCGACAUCGACAAAGCCCUCAAACACACAAACGCCUAUUACCCUUCCGUCCUUCGUGACAACGAGAACAUUUACUUCAAGCUCCGCUGCCGCAAGUUCAUUGAGAUGAUCCGUCUCUGCAGCGAACUCAAUGCUCAAGUCCAUCCGCACAUCAUCCCUACACCCCCUUCCAAGCGCUCCACAGCAUCCACCCUCAACAACCGCAACUCUACCGCCACCGAUGAGUACGACUUCGAGAUGGAACUCGACGAGCAGCUUGGCGUGCACAAUGGCGCGCCGUGGGGCGAUGAGGAAGAUGACGACGAGGAUGAUCUUGAGGCGAAGCAGAAGAAGCUGCAGGAUUCGACGCAGGCAAUGAUUGAGUAUGGGAUGGAGCUUAAGCAAGAGUUCGUCAAUGACCCGCGGAGAGAGGUGAAGAGGGCAUUAGAAGACACCUUCGCAUUGAUUGCGUAUGAGAACGUGAGGGAGAGCAGUCUUGCUCCUUUGCUGGACACGAGCGGGAGGAUACCUGUGGCGGAAGAGCUGAAUAGUGCGAUAUUAGUGAGUCUGGGCAAGUCGAGCUCUGCGGCACUGGAAAGGCUCGUGCAGCAGACAGAGGCGCUUGUCUCAGAAUUGGCGGAUGAUGGUGGACCGGGUGCGUUCAUCAAUGUCAGGAAGGACUUCUUACAAUAA